UUGACAGAAUCAACGAGACUACACGACGACUCGGGACGAGAUGUCCAACUUUAGUUAAUUAUUUGUCAUAUUUUUUUAAUGGUUGCAAUUAAUUUCGAAAUUUUAAUCAUUUCUUAGACAGUAGUUUCCCUUCUGGGCGGUCUUUUUUUGUGAUUUAUUAUACGUACAUACUCGCUGUUUGUAUUAACAAAACAAACUUGUUAACUAAUAACUAAACCACUUGAGUUGUUGACUUUUGAUAUUAUUAAUUACUUAAUUAGUGGGUGGAUUAAGUUGGGAGAAGAUAUUAUUAUACUACUAUUCUCGUGGUUAGUUUGUUGGCUAGUUAAUUGUAAAGUUUAAUUCACCGGAAAGAGGACAAGAUGGGGUGUGCCGUGAGCAGUAUUGCGGAAGAUAAGGAAGCGAUCGAACGGUCGAAAAGGAUUGACCGUGACUUGAGGGCGGAUGCACAUAAGGCGUCGAGAGAAGUGAAGUUGCUUUUGUUGGGGGCUGGUGAAUCGGGGAAGAGUACGAUUGUAAAACAAAUGAAGAUAAUUCACGAAACUGGUUAUACCCCGGAAGAAUGUGAACAAUACCGUCCCGUCGUGUACUCCAAUACUAUUCAAAGUUUGAUGGCCAUCAUCCGAGCGAUGGGACAACUUCGCGUGGAUUUUAGAGAUCCGAACAAAAAGGAAGACGCCCGGUUAUUCUUCACACUUGCGUCGGGAGCGGAGGAAGGCGAAAUUAGUUUGGAAUUGGCCACCGUGAUGAAACGUCUCUGGACUGAUGGUGGGGUUCAGCAAUGUUUCUCGCGUGCCAGGGAAUACCAACUUAACGACUCUGCUGCCUACUAUUUAAACGCCUUGGACCGUAUCUCACAACCGGGUUAUAUUCCCACACAGCAGGACGUUCUAAGGACACGGGUCAAAACUACGGGAAUUGUGGAGUCGCAAUUUACCUUUAAAAAUCUGCACUUUAAGCUUUUCGACGUCGGUGGGCAACGCAGUGAGAGAAAGAAGUGGAUUCAUUGUUUUGAGGGGGUGACGGCCAUUAUAUUUUGUGUAGCGCUGUCAGGAUAUGAUCUAGUUCUCGCCGAAGAUGAAGAAAUGAAUCGAAUGAUUGAAUCGAUGAAACUCUUUGAUUCCAUCUGCAACUCGAAAUGGUUCGUGGAAACUUCAAUCAUUCUCUUUUUAAAUAAAAAGGAUCUAUUCGAGGAGAAAAUCAGACGAAGUCCGCUUACCAUCUGCUUUCCGGAAUAUCGAGGACCCAACACAUUCGAGGAUGGAGCCGCAUAUAUCAAACAUCAAUUUGAGAGCUUGAACAAACUGAAAGAUCAGAAAGAAAUUUACACCCACUUUACCUGUGCCACGGACACGAAUAAUAUUCAAUUCGUGUUUGAAGCCGUCACUGAUGUCAUUAUCAAGAACAAUUUGAAGGAUUGUGGUCUCUACUAAGGGUACAGAUUCACGGAAACAAGAACAAGAGAAAAUGUUCCCCCCUUCGUUAACAUCUUUUCCAUAAUUACCAUGUUUUUUACCCACACUUAAUUCUAAUUGUACAUAGCCCGAUAAAUCCGACACAACGAUCCACCCACCCUCAGUCAGUGUUCAGUUCAACAGUGAGUUGUGUGCUCACUACUACGUAAUAACUAAGUAACAUGCCUCUCGUUAUAUAUUGUUGUGUUGACCCACGAGUUGUGUAAUUUAUUUGUAAAUUAUUAAUGACUUAACUCGGUUAACUUUUAACCCUUAGUAAUUUAAUAUUGAAUGUGACUGCAUAUUUACUUUUCUUAUACCUUCCUUCGAAACAUUCCAGGAUUUUUAAAAAUUGUAUCCAUUCCGAUCGUGUCCCUUAAAGAGGCAACAUAUUUAUAUUCCGGAAUAUUUUAGAUGGGAAGAGCUUUCCUUGAUACGUUUUGUUCAAUUUUUUUUGUUAGUGAUGUAUGAAAUGAUAUUUAAUUGUGCAAUUUUUUUACGUUUAACUAUUUUGUAUUAUGGGCUUUGAGUGGUUACGUGACACAUACAGGUUGUCAAACUUGUUAUGAUGUCAUUAUACAAAUGUACUGCCAAAAAAAUUAACUACCCAAAAGCCGGACAUUCCCCACUGAAUAAUGUUUUCCCAUCCCUAUCUGCUAAGUUAUCGGAUGUGUGCAUGUGUCAUCAUUAUUGUGUGUGCCUUACAAACAUUAGUACCAAAUCUAUAGACUUAGCAAUUCAUUAAUCCAGUACGAACGAAGAGCCUUUCAAAUCUCAACAAUUGCUACUACACAUAAUUACUAAAUAUUUGCCAAAGUAAUCCUUUUACACUAAAGUUCGUAAUGGUUCACAACGAAACUAAUGAACAAACCGAGGGAACAAAGAGUUAGCUUAUAAUUAACAAGGAACAAAUGAUUGUAUUUAUUUCUACAGGGAACAAAAUACUAUAUAAUUUAUGUCUAAAAGUAUUACUAAGACUUUGCACUGUUGACUGUGUCUUUUUUUCAUGAAAAGAAAUCAAAUCAAAUUGACCAUACUUUUUUUUACUAAUUAUUUGAUGAAAGUAAUUUAACUUGUUAACCUGAUUUUCGAUUCGACUUUUUCUCUCGUAAGUUUACCUUUUCUUAAUUGCUCAAAAAAUAAAAGAAGGUGAUAAUAGUAUUAGAAAAAUGAAAUCACUAUUACAAACAAAUUAUAUAAGAGACUGUUAUUAAAACUAUUAUUGUUAUUGAUGAUAUUGGACAAAAAACUCUAUAAAAUUAAAAUUAGUGAUAUUAAUUAACUGAUAAUUGUAUCACGUUUGUCACAAAGUAUGCCCUUGUGUGCUUAUCUGGACACAUGGUCUCUCUUAUCAUCCUAUUAAUGUAACUCUAAUUGUUAUGAAUAUUUUAAACCACAUCUUCAAUUUUCUUGCCUUUAAAACCCUUUAGUAUUUACAAGUUAGUUAGUUAAUUGUUCAUUCCUACAUACAUAAAUAUUUUAUCCCAAAACUUUUAUCGUUAUUAAUAUGACUAGUUUUUUUUUUGUUACGGUUUAAUUAUCACUAAGAGAAAAUUUAUUUAGUUAAUUAUCACAGGAUAACAGACUAUAUUGUAGUGACUUGUGGAGUCAAAUAAAAUUUGGAAUAUGCAAUACU